CUUCCUCUCUCUAACUCAAAAAAUUAAAAAACCAAAAAAAAAAAAAAAAAUUGGAGCCAAAUUCUCGGCCAUGCCAUUGAGAAAUCCGGCCACCGUCGCCGCCGUGUUGUUCUUGUUCCUCUUGUUGAUUCCGAGCUUCGCGUCCGCCGCCACCGGCGGCCACGUCGGCGGAAGCUUGUUCAAAAAAUCCAAAUCUUCGUCUUCGUCGCGGUCUUCUUCUUCUUCUUCUUGGUCUUCGCACUCGUCGCGUCACUACUACGCGCCGCCGACUUAUCACUCCACGCCGUCUCCUUCCUCAUCGUCGGAAGACGGCGGCGGUACGGCGUUAAUCGGUUUCGUGAUUGUGUUGGGGGCUAUCGUUUGUGUGUUAGCAUUCUGCGACUAUUGUACGGCGGCGGAGAAGAGAAACGUUAACUGUGCCGGGGUUGGGAAACUAAGCGUGGUGAAGCUUCAGGUUGGUUUGAUGGGCAAGGCGCGGUCACUCCAAAGGGAUCUUAAUCGAAUUACUGAAACUGCAGAUACUUCUACUCCAAAGGGUUUGAGCUAUGUUUUGACAGGGGCAACGACAGCUUUGCUUCGGAAUCUUGAUCAUUGCAUCUCAAGCUAUUCAUCUGUUAUACGAAAGUCUGAGAUAGAGGAUGCAGAGGAAUGCUUCAAACUAUUUUCUUUGGAAGAGGCGGUUAAAUUUGACGAAGUGACCCUUGCCAAUGUGAACAACUUCAAAAAGCGCUCAAAAAGCCAGUCACCUAAUGAAAUCCACAAAGAAUAUAUAGUGGUUACAAUUCUGGUGGCUACUGAUGGAGUACAGAAGUUGCCCACCAUCAGUGGCACUCGUGACUUGAAGAAAGCAUUACAUAAACUUGGAGCCAUUUCCUCGAGCAAAAUAAUGGCUGUAGAGGUCUUGUGGACUCCUCAACAAGAAAACGAUACUUUGACUGAGAGGGAACUACUCAAAGGUUACCCAGAUUUGAGGGGUUUUUAUGAAGAAGCAUAUCAAGGGCCAUAUGAAGAUCAGCAGCCGUUCUUAGGGGCAAAUGGAGUUUAGGAGCUAGUAAGAUAAAGACUACGGUCGGGUCAAAAUGUCAAAAUAUUCUCAAAUUGUCUUGUAUUGUAUAUAUCCCCUCAAUUUGACAUUAUGGUUCUGUAGGAAAUACAAACAUGCUAAAGUUCUCAAAUGGUUCUGUGUAUGCCCCCUCCGCCAAUGUUUGUACUCUCCAUAUUUUAUUUCUUCUGCCAGUUGUGGGACUUCUGCUCUCACUUCCAUAAAGCCAAAUCUCAAUGAUUUGCUCCUCGGUCUAUAAAA